UUUCCUGAUCUUUUUUUUUUUUUUUUUUCCCUUUCUUUCUUAUUAACUUCACGAACGUUCUACAAAUUUUCUUCGCGAUCAAUCGCACUCACAGCGGCGAAGAAGGCAACGGGAAACAUCAAAAGAUCCCAUUUCUUUUGUUUUUGAAUCAAAUCGGGCUGUGAGAUGAGGAAAACCGGAGGAACCGAGAAGAAGAGGGUCAGAAGGCAAUCAACUGCUGUUCAAAAUGCUGCUAUAGAUCCCAAUUCUGAUACCCCUCCUAGGAAACAAGCUGCAAGGAAGGAUGUGUUUCAGUUGUUUGCUGAGAAAGUGAGAGACCACAAGGAUUUAGAGUCAAGAUGGGCUGUUUUACAAGAGACACGUGUCGAGUAUUUCCGAGGCAAAGAUUUUGUUGGUCUUUUGAGAAAUCAUCCAGAGGUCAAGGAUAUUCUCGAUUCAGAUAAGAAUUUGGAAACUGAAGAUAUUGGCAAUGCAUUGCUUAGUAAGAAUCUCUUAGUUCGGUGUGAUCGUGUGGUGAAAACUGUUCGUCCUGGAAAGAGAAAAUUGUCUACAUGGCCAGCGCAUCUGGAGAUAUUCCCGGAUCAGGUGUUCUCCGAACAUGAUGCAUUUUUUGCGUGGACAUUUGUUAAGCGGAGGCCAUUUUGGCAGACACUUCUGUCGUUUUGUUGGCCUGUGUUGACUCUUGCAAUUUGCUUGUUUCCUGUAUAUCCUCAUCAAUGCAAGCUUUUGAUUCUCUACUCAUGCGCUGGGGUUCUGCUUCUUAUACUCUCACUUCUAUUAUUGAGGGCAGCAGUAUUUGGUUUAUCCUAUAUUCUUCUUGGCAAGCGCAUGUGGUUUUUUCCCAAUAUUCUUGCCGAGGAGGCGACCUUGCGAGAACUAUUCCGUUUUUGGCCGAGUAAAGACGAAGAAGAGAAACCGAAAUGGACAACCAGACUUUUCUAUGCAAUGGUGGCUGUACUGAUCAUACUGUUGAUGAGGCAUCAUGCUCCCGACGAGGCUGCCCGAGCAAGAUACCAAAAGCGUGUUUCGAAUAUCAUUGAUGAUGUUCUCGAAUGGUCUCCAAGACUUGCUCUCUCUGGGAUGAUGGAGAAGCAACAAACAGUGGUCAAUGCGACAAAGUCGAACCCGGACACGGCAGAGAACCAAACAGAUGACAUUACAGAUCCAGAUUCUAUCCCUGACCAACCUGAGCCUGAAAUUAUCGACAAGUAGAGCAUUCUGAUCGAUAUUAUCACGAACGUGAUCGUAUACAUCAUUAGAGGUCUGUUCAGUCUUUUGAGGAAGAGAAGAACCAUGGUAAACGUGUUCCUAUAUGAGCUUUGUUUUGUUUUCUUUUUUGUCUAAAAACAGUUGAUUUUUGUUAAUUUUAACCUUUUUUAGGAGUCACAGAAGUUGGUUUAUAUCCAAACUAAAGUGAGCUUUUUUUACUAAA